GCGCCGUGACGUCGGAAGCGGCGCGCGCGCGGCGGCGGCCGGCAGCGAUGGAGGCGGCGGGAGGCGGCGAGGACCCCCCCGGCGGGACCCUCGUGGUGGAGGCGGCGGGAGAUCCCGGGCUCCUCCCCAGCAGCCCCGCCCCCCCUGACCCCCCCCAGAGCGGGGGGACCCCCCCCAGCGUGGGGGGUGCCCCCCCCGAGGAGGAACACGGGGGGAUCCAGGCGUCUGGGAGCGGCCGAGAGGGUGGGGGGGGGUCCCCCGAGGGGGAGGGGCCGCAGGGGGCCCCCCCGGCCGGUGCCAGCCCUAAGGGGCUGCCAGGCCACGCGACGAAGACACUGCCGGGCUCUCCAGGCCGGGGGGCGGUUGGGGGUCCCCCCCCAGCCCCCCCAAGCCGGGCCAAGAUGUCCUUGACAGGGGCGGGGAAGUCCCCCCCGGGGCAGAGCCUGGCUCUGAGGCUCCUCAGCCUCCCCGGGGGGCGGCCCCCCCCGCCUGCCUCCCCCCCGGCCCCCCCGGAGCCCACCCCAGCCCCCCCCGAGCCCCCUGCCCGCCCCAAGGUCCACCGGGCCCGCAAGACCAUGGCCAAGCCCAGCAACGGACAGGUCCCCGAGAAGCGGGUGUCGGAGAUGCUGCACUUCAGGGUUUCGGAUGAGCUGCGCAGCAUCGAAGAGCCUGAGCCCCCCAAACGCCCCAAGCUGGACUACGGCCCCGAGGGGCUGCACAAACGGCUGCAGAGACCCAGCCCCCGUGCCAGCACCGAGAUCACAGUGACAGAGGAGAUGGCUGCCCCCCCCCGCGGCACCCGCCCCAGUGACGACUGGGACAGUGAAGGCGGCGGCAGCUUCUCCCUUUUCUACGACGGCUUCAGUGUGGACGGGCAUGGGGACUCGGACAGCAAGUCGGAGGGCGAGGGGGCCGGCGAGGCGCUGAGCGAGGAGGAUGAAGAGGAGGAAGAUGAGGAGGAUGAAGAGGAGGAGGAGGAGGAGGAGGACGAGGAAGAAGAGGAGGAGGAUGAGGAGUCGGGCAACGCCUCGGACCGGAGUGCCUCCAGCGCCCGGCGCAGGGCCCGGCGCCGCUGGAAGGAGAGUCCUUGGCUGAAACCGGCGCGGAAGCGCAAGCGGAAGGACCCCCGGGCCAAGGAGAGAGGGGUGCCCGGAGCCCCCCCCGGGGCCCCCCCCAGCGAAUACACCGAGGUGCCCCUGGGCUGCCUGCAGCUGCCGGGGGGCGGAGCCCUCUCCCCGCAGCCCCCAGGGCCGGCGGGGGCGCUGGGGGGGCUGGAGGCGGAGCGGUUCGAGGAGCUGCCCCUCUGCUCCUGCCGCAUGGAGGCCCCCAAGGUGGAGCGGGGGGGCGAGGGGGCGCGGGGGCUCUGCAUGGCCACCGAGAGCGUCGACGGGCAGCUGAGCGGCUGCGGCAGCAGCAUCCUGAAGCGGGAGACGAUGCGCCCGUCCAGCCGCGUGCCCCUGAUGGUGCUGUGCGAGAGCCACCGCGCCCGCAUGGUCAAGCACCACUGCUGCCCCGGCUGCGGCUACUUCUGCACCGCCGGGACGUUCCUGGAGUGCCACCCCGACGUGCGGAUCGGGCACCGGUUCCACCGGGGCUGCGUCUCGCAGCUCAACGGGAUGAUUUUCUGCCCCCACUGCGGGGAAGACGCCUCCGAAGCCCAGGAGGUGACGCUGCCCCGCACCGAGGGGGCCCCCCCAGCCCCUGCCACCGCCCCCCCCGAGCCCCGACGCCGCGCCCCGGCCCCCCGCACCGACGCCCCCACCCCCAGCGCACGGAUGCGGGGGCAGGGCGAGGGCCGGGCACCCCCCCCGGACCCCCGGGCCGAGCCCAUCGACAGCUCGGGGGGGCCGACGCUGGCCCUGCCCUCGGGGGGGGCCCUCUCGGCCCGGGGGCUGGCGCCGGGGCCCGCCCGCGACCUGCUGGAGAAGGCGCUGGUGGGGCAGGAGGCUGAGAGGCGGAAGAAGCUGCGGUUCCACCCCCGGCAGCUCUACGUCUCCGUCAAGCAAGGAGAACUGCAGAAAGUCGUCCUCAUGCUGCUGGACAACCUGGACCCCAACUUCCAGAGCGAUGCUCAGAGCAAGCGCACCCCCCUGCACGCGGCAGCGCAGAAGGGGUACCUCGAAAUCUGCCACCUCCUGCUGCAGGCGGGCGCCAACAUCAACGCGACGGACAAGCUGCGCCGGACGCCGCUGAUGGAGGCGGUGGCCAACAACCACGUGGAGGCGGCGCGGUACAUGGUGCGGCGGGGCGGCUGCGUCUACAGCAAGGAGGAGGACGGCUCCACCUGCCUCCACCACGCCGCCAAGAACGGCAACCUGGAGAUGGUCGACCUGCUGCUCUCCACCGGGCAGGUGGACGUCAACGCCCAGGACAACGGGGGUUGGACCCCCAUCAUCUGGGCGGCCGAGCACAAGCACAUCGAGGUCAUUCGCCGGCUGCUGACACGUGGCGCCGAUGUCACUCUCACCGACAACGAGGAGAACAUCUGCCUGCACUGGGCCUCCUUCACGGGCAGCGCGGAGAUCGCCGAGGUGCUGCUGAACGCCCAGUGCGACCUGCACGCCGUCAACUUCCACGGGGACACCCCCCUCCACAUCGCCGCCCGCGAGAGCUACCACGACUGCGUCAUCCUGUUCCUGUCGCGGGGGGCCGACCCCGAGGUGCGGAACAAGGAGGGGGACUCGCCGCUGGACCUGACGCUGGAGCACUCGGAGGUGUGGGUGGCCCUGCAGCUCAACCGCAAGCUGCGGCAGGGGGCUGCGGGGAGACCCCUCCACACCGAGCGCAUCAUCAGCCGGGACGUGGCACGGGGCUACGAGAACGUGCCCAUCCCCUGCGUCAACGGGGUGGACGAGGAGCCCUGUCCCGACGACUACAAGUACAUCGCCGAGAACUGCGAGACCUCCACCAUGAACAUCGACCACAACAUCACCCACCUCCAGCACUGCACGUGCCAGGACGACUGCUCCUCCAGCAACUGCCUCUGCGGGCAGCUCAGCAUCCGCUGCUGGUACGAUAAGGACGGGAGGCUGCUGCAGGAGUUCAACAAGAUCGAGCCCCCCCUGAUCUUCGAGUGCAACCAGGCCUGCACGUGCUGGCGCAGCUGCAAGAACCGGGUGGUGCAGAGCGGCAUCAAAGUCCGGCUCCAGCUCUACCGGACGGCGAAGAUGGGGUGGGGGGUGCGGGCGCUGCAGGCCAUCCCCCCCGGCACCUUCAUCUGCGAGUACGUGGGGGAGCUGAUCUCGGACGCGGAGGCCGAUGUGCGGGAGGACGAUUCCUACCUCUUCGACCUGGACAACAAGGACGGGGAGGUGUACUGCAUCGACGCCCGGUACUACGGCAACGUCAGCCGCUUCAUCAACCACCUCUGCGACCCCAACAUCAUCCCGGUGCGGGUGUUCAUGCUGCACCAGGACCUGCGCUUCCCCCGCAUCGCCUUCUUCAGCAGCCGCGCCAUCCGCCCCGGCGAGGAGCUGGGGUUCGACUACGGGGACCGGUUCUGGGACAUCAAGAGCAAAUACUUCCCCUGCCAGUGCGGCUCCGAGAAGUGCAAACACUCGGCUGAGGCCGGGGGGGGGCGCGGGGAUCCCCCCGAGCUGCUGCCCCCUCUCCUGGCCCUGCCCCCACCCUGAGCCCCCUGAACCACUGCCCC